GAUAAUGACUUCUGCAACUGGCAGUUAUUGGUUUCAGCGAAUUAUCACUUUGAAAAAGAAGUCACGUGGAUGUCAUUAUGUUACGGAUGAGAUUAGAAAAGCUUUGCCAGAAAUCGGACAAGUACAAAUGGGUAUUUUACAUCUUUUUAUUCAGCAUACAUCAGCUACUCUAACAAUUAAUGAAAGUUGGGAUCCAUCUGUUACAACAGAUAUGGAAAUGGUUCUAAAUCAUCUUGUACCUGAGUCACUUAAAUACAAACAUAAUUGUGAAGGUGCUGAUGACAUGCCUGCACAUGCAAAACAAGCAUUACUUGGUGGACCCAGUAUUACCAUACCUAUUACAAAUGGUCAGUUAGCCUUAGGUACUUGGCAAGGAAUAUGGCUUUGUGAACAUCGGAACUCUGGUUCGUCGCGUCAAGUAGUGGCCACAAUACAAGGAUGCCUACGAUAGUACAAUUGAAGUGAAUACUUUUUUUCGGUCAAUUAUUUCUUGUCUCUGUUGUUCUAUUGCUUAAAUGAUUGCUCGAUUUCUUGGUUCUGAACUGUUUUGUACACAUAACAUUUGAAUUGCUUCUAAUGUAAUUCUUCGAAGAUUCAUAUAUUUAGGUUUAAUAUCUUUAAAAUUUCACAUUAUCAGUGUAAAACUUCAUUUUCAGCUACCCGGUCUUUUCUCAUGUUUGCUCUAAUUCUCCCGUCUUUAAACUUUUUUUUCUUGUCACAUAUUUGUUGUUUUUUUAUAACACAAUAUUGUAUUAUUGAGUGAUUUCUUCAACUCAGUACUGUGUUCUGUUCUGGAAAGUAUAUAAAAACUACCUAAAGCUUGAAAUACUUGAGUCUGAUCUCUAGUGGUCCCAUGCUAGAACGAAACGGCUUUCCAAUUCUCUUGUUUUUAAUGACUUUUGAGUUACAGUCAGUUCGUAUAAUAAACUUUCUUUAUGUUUCGUUUUUCUGCACAUUUGUUUUUUAUUGUAGGUUUCGUUUGUAUUAACAUAUGUCAGUGAAUAACUAAAGAAAUUUUACUAAAACCUUAA